AUGGUGGUGGUGAAAUCGAGUACCUUGGUUCGAUCGAAGAGUCCGCUUAUUGAGGCAUCGAAGCUCCAUAUAUCUCAGCACUCAAUUUCAAUUUCGGUUACUUGGUGUGAGUGCACAGCAACAAUUGAUGAUAUUGUGCAUGAUUCUGCAUGGUAUUACAUCUCCUGUGGUGGGUGCAAUACUAAAGCGACCAAAGGGCCUACCUCUUUGAUGUGUAAAAGGUUCCUCGCAAAGAUAUCUGUAUAUGACAAGAGUGGCCAGGAAAAUUUUGUCCUUCUUGGUGAUGCUGGCCUUGAGUGUACUGGGAAGAGUGCAGCCGAAUUAGUAGCAAACUUUUUUGAGUCUAAUGAGAGCGUUGGAACUGAUUACAUUGUGCUAGUUCCGGCAGCUUUAGUUGGUACCAUUGGGCAGACACACAAUUUCCUUGUGAAAGUCUCAAACUAUAACCUCUCAGGGAAGGUUCAAUCUAUAACUGUGACGAAGGUCCUCCCACCAGAAACUCCACAAGAAGACGUCAUUGCUCCAGCGUCUGCUGCAAUUUUGGAGGCAGGAAAUGGAGAAUGUGGUUCUUCCAUGAGCAUUGGACAUGCCUCAUAUGAGAGUAUUAAAAGGUCCUCUGAUUGUCUUGAACCAGAAGCUGCAAAACGUGCCAAAAGUGGCUAG